AUGCCGUUACAUUGUUAUGAUGAAGGAGCUAAGGGUGAGAAGAUGCCGCCGCAAUUCGGCGUCUAUCUCCAGCACGAAGGCGCGAGCAUCUAUGUCCGAAUCAGACCGGAUGUGUUCGCAGUAUUGUCUGCUCCGAUCCCCAUCUCAAGCGGCAACAAAAUUUUCAUAUCUAAGCGUGUGCGAAGAGCAGAUACCACUGUAGGUUCCUCGCAGUAUGCGAACACUGUCACCAACAAUCUGGGUGCAGUUAACUUCAACAUCCCAGGCGUCAACGCCCCAAUCCAGUCCGAGGACAUCGCAAUUAAGCUGCUCGAGGUUGAGCCCAGGGAGCUCUGGGAUACCCAUGGUAACGUGUUUCUUACUCGCGGCCUGCGAAGCUUCACCGUAUUUCUCAAAUUCCACAUUCCUACCCGUAACAUUGGCGUCACGGGCCAGGCCGUGGUGAUAUGUGGCUUUAGCGAGAUGGCGUCACCAUGGCUCGUGGCAGUCGAUGAACAGAGCGACCUGUUUUAG